AAGCUGCUACUCAGCCUCUCUUCGACAGAGCUCGUAGUCACCCAGGAAGUCCAACACCGGAGACUUGAACUAAAAGAAGAGUAGAUGAGAUGAAGACUAUUUUCACUGCAUGAAGGCCACAACAGCCAUUUCUUUUUGUGACUUAUUCUUCUUCCCCUCGUCUGGAAGGCACGGGCAGCGGGAUUUUUUUCUUAUCCCCCAAAAAGUGGGGUCGGUCUUUGAGUUGUGUGGAUGUUAUUUCCUGGAUUUUCUCUUUGGGCUGUGUCUUACGGCGGCCCGGAGAAGGCAACAGUGUGUGGAAAAGUAGAUUUGCGUGUUAACCAUAUGGCUUCAACAAAGGUAAUACGCUGGAUGCUUCGUGAAGCAUGGUGGUGAAGAUGGUUCAAACUUACUUAAUGAGGCCACUGUCAUGGGAGCGGGUCACAUGGCCGAGUAUAAUGGGAACGGGAGUCCUUUAUCUGCUGCUGCUGCUAUCGACCUGUCUCGGCCAAGACACAGAAGAUUGGCAAUAUGAGGAAUGUAAACUGUCUCGGUCAGGUCCUCCUGCUACCAUUGUUGCCAUAGAUGAAGAGAGUCCCAAUGGAACACUGUUAGUGGAGAACAUGCAGAUAAAUGGCGUGGCACAGGGUCAGAAUCGUACCAUCUCUCUGUCUCUAAGGGACAACUACGACUACUGGGUGCUCCUGGACCCUUCCAAACAGGCCCUUUACCUCAACAGUACCGGGCGUGUUCUGGAUAGAGAUCCUCCCUCCAAUAUCCAUUCCAUUGUAGUUCAGGUUCAGUGUACUAACGAGUUGAUAGGCACGGUGAUUUUACACGAGGUCCGCAUCGUUGUUCGAGAUCGCAACGACAACGUGCCACGUUUCCAGCAGCCAAGAUACUAUGUUGCUGUCAAUGAGCUGACGCCAGUAGGAACAACUAUCUUCUCUGGCUUCUCGGGGAACAACGGGGCAAUAGACAUUGAUGACGGUCCCAACGGACAGAUAGAGUACACCGUCCAGUACAACCCGAAUGACCCGACAGCCAACAGAACCUUUGACAUCCCCUUGACGCUGUUUGGCUCCGUCAUUCUUAGAGAAAGACUCAACUAUGAGGAGAUCACGCGGUACCUGGUCAUCAUACAAGCAAAUGAUCGAGCUCCCAACCUGAGCGAGCGGCGCACUGCCACCACCACGCUGACUGUGGAUGUAUUGGACGGUGAUGACUUGGGUCCCAUGUUUCUACCAUGUACGCUAGUGGGAAUGACCCGUGACUGUAGCCCGAUCACGUAUAAAGCUAGUGUACUGGAGAUGACAGAGCCACAUGAGGUGAAUCCUCUCAAUGUGACUCCACCCAUACAAGCUGUGGACCAAGACAGGAACAUACAACCUCCCUCUGACAGGCCAGGGAUUCUAUACUCCAUCCUCAUCGGCAAUCCCAAGCCCUAUGCAGAAUAUUUCAUCUUGAACAGAAGCACAGCAGAGCUGCUGCUACUAAAGCCCAUUUCCAGAGAACUGUACCGCACAUUUGAUCUGGUUAUCAAGGCAGAACAGGACAAUGGUCACCCUCUGCCAGCGUUCGCAAACCUCCAAAUUGAAAUUCUGGAUAAAAACAACCAGGCGCCCUAUUUCCUGGAGGCCAGUUACCAGGGCUAUGUCAGUGAAGCAUCACCAGUGGGAACCACCAUAGCAGCUAAUGCUAGUCUGUCUGCACCACUGGUCAUCAUAGCACUGGAUAACGAUGUGGAAGAGGUGAGAUUAAAAGUCACAUUGGACAGGUAUUCUAAUGUUUUCUCUGUGUCUGCAACUGGAAUCAGAAGAUAUCUUACCCUGGUGCAGCCACUGGACAGAGAGACACAAGACUCUUAUACAUUCACGCUCUUAGCAUCAGAUGGCGUCCAGCAGAGCUUACCGGUUACUGUGGCAAUAACGGUGCUGGACGCUAACGACAACACUCCAGUUUUUGCUAAUGUCUCCUAUAAUGUCAACGUGUUUACUGAUAUAAUGCCUGGAGAAACUGUGAUACAGCUGUCGGCAGUAGAUUCUGAUGCAGGUCCCAACGGUCAGGUCACUUUCCGGAUAUUAGCUGGUGCCCAGGGAUAUUUUCUUAUUGGAAAGAGCUCUGGGGUCAUCACUGUGACCCCAGGUGUUCAACUUACCAUGGGCCAGAGAUAUGCAUUGACUGUAGAAGCCAUGGACAACGCGCCUGUAACUCAGAGAAGGUCAUCUAUUACUACAGUCUAUAUUGAGGUUUUGCCCCCAAACAACCAGAGCCCUCCACGUUUCCCUAGACAACAAUACGACCUGGAGAUCAGUGAAGCUAUGAGGACUGGAGCUACACUGCUUAAUCUGCAGGCAGUAGAUCGGGAGAAAGACCCCAUCACCUACAAAAUCUACAGCGGAGACCCCCUUGGGCAUUUUGCACUACAGCAGACUUUGGGAUAUUUGGUUCUGGACAAGCCUCUGGACAGGGAAUCUGUGGAUGUUUAUACACUGGUGGUCAUAGCUACAGACGGACGCCCAGAUGGGACCUCCACUGCAACAGUGAACAUUGUGGUGACAGAUGUUAAUGACAAUGACCCGCUGUUCGAUUCUUCACUGCCAGUGAACCUCACUGUCAUCGAAGAGCAGGCUCACGCUUACGUCGGACUGGUCAAGGCUACAGACCCGGAUCUGGGGGCAAGUGGUGAGGUUCAUUAUCAACUUGUCAACCACCAGAAGCUGUUUUCCAUCAAUGCCACUGGAGCCAUCACAACUGCAGUGCCGCUGGACAGAGAGGUGAAAGGUCAGUACUAUCUAAUCGUUGAAGCCUGUGAUGGUGCAGUGGACCCCCGGCGGUCCAGAAUAACACUGUCAGUCACUGUCCUGGAUGUAGAUGACAACAGCCCGAUAUUCACCCAACAAACUUACAAUGUCAACAUACCAGAGAAUACCCCCAAAGAUACCAUUAUAUUGCAGUUAAAGGCGAUAGAUCCUGACCUCAACUCCAGCCUCACAUAUCGAAUCAGAACUGAAGGCUCAGACCAGAAGAUCAUUCAGUUAUUCCACAUCAACCCUGUAACAGGGGAGCUGUCGGUGCUCAAGGUUCUCAACUACGAGGCUCUAACUGACUCAGUACCCACAUAUACUUUCACUGUAGAGGCCUUUGAUGCAAACGGAGCCAUGCCUCCUGGACUGGCCUCUGUAACUGUCAAAAUAAUGGACAUGAAUGACUUUUCCCCAGAAUUCAGCCAGUCAGUGUUUCGAGGAAUGGUGGCUCCUAAUGCUGUCAAGGGAACCAUCGUAACCACAGUGUUGGCCUAUGACUCUGACCCUGCGGGUACCCCAGCAGGUCGAGUGCGCUAUAAAGUGGACCAGGAUGCAUAUCCAUACUCUGCCAGCAUAUUUGAUGUAGAAGAACAGACAGGACAUGUGGUUACGAGGGUAAAUCUCAAUGAGCAGCCCAACCUGAAGUUCAGUCUGGUGGUGGUGGCCUAUGAUGGUGGCGAGCCUGUACUGGAGGACACAGCUCUAGUAGAGAUCACAGUCCUUCAGCCUUCAGUCAUUCCUGUGUUCACCCAGGAAGAAUACAGGUUUCCACCAGUGAGUGAAGAUGCUGCUGUUGGGACCCUGGUGGGAGUCAUCCUAGCAGCUGCUGUCAAUCAAACCAUCGUGUACUCUAUCAUUCAAGGCGACGAGGGAGGUAUGUUUGCAUUGAAUGAAACCACAGGAGUGAUUUCCACAGCCAAGCCUCUGGACUACGAAACCAAUUCCAGCUACGUUCUGAAGGUUGAAGCAGACUCCAUUAGAGUGGUGUCCUCGAACCUCAGAGCUCCCUCUAAGACUAACACAGCUAAGGUGGUGAUCGACAUCCAGGAUGAGAACGACCAUGCGCCAGUUUUCACCAGAUCUCUUUAUAUUGGAGGGGUUGCAGAAGACGCCAAAACCUUUACCUCAGUCUUGCAAGUACAGGCUCUGGACGAAGACACUGGUAACUACAGUGCGAUGAUGUACCGGCUUAUCAUUCCCCCUCCUGCUGGUAAAGAUACUAAAGACAGCAAAGAUGGCUUUGUCAUUGAACCUUACAGUGGCGUGGUGAAGACAGCAAUCAUGUACCGCAACAUGAGGAGGUCGUAUUUCAAGUUUGAGGUGGUUGCUACAGACAACUAUGGUCAAGGCCACAGCAGCAAGGCGGACAUAGUGGUGUCAGUUGUAAACCAGCUGGACAUGCAGGUGGUGGUAUCAAAUGUCCCUCCAACUUACGUGGAGAAAAAUAAAGACAAGUUGCUAAGCAUCUUGGAACAUUACGUCCAGGAGCAGAUACCAGGAGCAAAGGUCGUUGUGGAAUCCAUUGGGCCCCACCGCUAUAGUGAUGGAACAGAGCAAGAUGACUACACCAAAUCGGACCUCAUGAUUUAUGCUAUCGACCCACUGACAAAUAGAGCCGUAUCUAGACAGGAGCUCUUCAAAUUUCUUGAUGGUAAACUCUUGGACAUCAACAAAGAGUUCCAGCCUUUCCUCCCUCCUGGUGGGAGAAUUCUGGAGAUCCAAACCCCCGAGUUGGUGACCAGCGUAAAGAAAGCUGUGCAGACUGUAGGCUACACAGAGGGGGCGCUGUUGGCUUUGGCAGUAAUCAUCAUCAUCUGCUGUGUUCCUGCCAUACUGAUCGUUAUUAUCACCUACAAACAAUUCAAAGAACGUCAAGCAGAGUGUGCCAAAACAAGUCGUAUCCAGAUGGCACUGCCAACAGGCAAACCUGGGGGAGGUACCGCCAACAACCUGUAUGAAGAGCUGGGUGACAAUGCCAUGCGUGGAUAUGGACAACAUGAGACACAACAACUUUUGCGACCUUCUCUGCUCAGGCCAGAGGAGUUAUCAAUGGAAUCUGGCAUCGACCCCGGCCAGGACUACUACCCACAGGAUUAUUACAACUAUGAUCACGGGUAUGACCUUCCUCAAUACAGCAGUCGCAGGAAGCUGAUCUCACCCUCCGGGCUUUAUGAUGAAUAUGGAGAAGUGGUGGUCGAUGAUGACGGGAGCUACUACUACAGCCCACAGGAGUCUGACGGAGAGGUGACAAGACAGUUUCAAGGAGACAAAUUAACACCACACCCACAUCCUGCACCUAUUCUGCCCCCAAGAAAACCCCCAGAAGCCACCAGAAGUGAGGGGGACAAAAAACAACCACCACAGAGUGCUACGACCACAAACACAACGUCCAAGAGCUCAAGCACAGCUGCCAGGUUGAAGGCUAUGAUGAGAAUGAGUAUGGCGCCGUCCUCUCAGAGCAAAACAUCUGGACAGCCUCCUGCCAUCCACCUACCAUGGAACAAAGCCAGAAUUGGACCGAUGGAAGAGGGGGAUGGUAGCAGAGUAAGGUUGGAAGAAAGAACGGGCGAAGGAGCAGGAAAAUGGUUUGAGAGCAGGGAGGCAGGGGAAAGGGAAAACAAAGGGAGAGAAAGAGAUGAAGGAACAAAAAGAGGAGGUAGAGAAAUGGAAACAUGGGGGAGAAACAACAGAAGCAGCAGGACAAACAAUGCUGCUGAAAGUGGACAAGGCAUCAGGCCAGAGCACAGGGCAGAGCUCCCUGGCUUCUUGUCCUUUGGCCGGUCUUAUAGCCUAGAUGGCGGCAUGGUCAUUGAUGGGAGUUACUUCCAGACGUCCGUUGAAGCCAGCAAACCCCCUCCGGUGAAACAAAAGCUGAGCGAGGCCCUUAGUCUUAUCUCCCUUGCCAGAAGGCUCCAGGGACCCGCCAGAGUGGGAGACAAACAGUGGAGCAAUGGAAAGAGCUGGGACAGAGGAGAGGAGAAUAGCAGGAAGAUUUAUGGCUCCAUAGGAGAUAUGAGUAUUUCUGCAUCAGUGUCUGAGAGAGCCCGAGGAGAGGACAGAAGAAGGUGCGAGUCAAGAGAGGAGGAUAGUUCCUCUGAGGGAUGGUGGAAGAGAGGGAAAAAAGUUCAUGACAGUGAUUCAGAAACAGGAAGUGACAGCAAGGAAUCUCUGUCAGAGAUUAAUUUGUCUGAAACAGGUAGCUCUACCUCAACUGUUAGGGCCAAACAUGAAUCUGACACAGAAACGGAAAAAAAUGACUCAGAAACAGACAGGGAGUCAGAGAGUGGAAGUCAGGAUGAGGAGUCAAAGAGGGAGUCAGGGUUAGAGAGUGAGGAUGAAGACACAGAGUCCAGCAGAAAACACACAGGAAGUAGUGUUAGUAAUAGUUCUAGUAGGAACAGUGGUAGUGCCAAUGUAAAGAGAGAGAGCGCGAACAGACAGCAAGAAAGGAGCAGCCGAUCCAUAAACAGACGCAGCGGCGACGACUCUAAAAAUUCUAGAUAUUCAGGUUCUAGAGUCUUGAGUUCUAGGCCCAAAAUGUCUAGACACUCUCGUAAAAUGACAGAAGAGAGUGAGGAAGAGGAGGAGUCAGAAGCAGACAUCAUCUCAGGAGUGACUGACAGCUCGAAGGACUUAUCGCCCAUCGUCGAGGACUCAGAGGGGGAGCAGAUGAGCAGAGGUCACGGCGGGGACAGACACUUGGAAAAAGACAAAAACGGAUGAGGCCAUAGCCCACCUCCUAAUAAUAAGUUCUUUACCACAAACACUGCAGCAGAAAACGUCGAAUCAAGUUGGUGUUGGACCGAGAGUAUGAGACCAGCUCCACUGGUGAAGACAGCAUGCCGGAAACCC